AUGGGAAGUGAAGUAAUAAACCCCACCAAGCCACGGUUCGAUCUAACCAUGUCGAGAAGAACACGAAAACCAUUGUCAAGUCUCAUCAACGAUAUGCCACACCAAGACAUAUCCACCAAAAUCUCACAGCCAGAGAAAGAACAAGAACAAGACGGAGACCGAGAGGUUGAUCGUAAGAGUUUGAACAAUCUGUUGAGAUGCGAGGAAGAAUCGAAUGGAGAAGCUACUGCCAACAAAAAGAGCUCUCUAGGUAAAAAAUUAGGAGAUGACGAGGGGGUCAAGCAGACGAUGCAAUUGGUGGUGAAGAAAGAGAAGCACGUUGGUGAAACUGGUGUGAAGUUCAAAGGUAUGAUGGGUCGAUAUGUAAAGGUCUUAAGCGGUUUAAUGAAGGCCAAACGUGACCGCAAAGCAUCGGUCUUACGGUUUAAAACUUGA